AACAUCUUUUUCUUUCUGCCACUUCAGAAAAUUUUCGAUUUCAGUAAGGUCUGCGGAUAUUUUUUAUCCUCCCUUGAGCGAUGUUUUCUUUUGAUGGACAGUAUAAAAGUAGGAGAGCUGUUUCACUCGGAGGUGCAAGUAAAAAGGAAGAAAGGUCCUCUUUAAUUCAAAGAACUCAAGCAGAAAGACAGAAAAGAGAGGAUCUGCGUCGAAAAACUGCAAGUGCUAUCAUAAUUCAGUCUUUUCUCCGUGGAGAGAGGGUGCGACAUCAGCAGUAUGAGCUUCAAAGAAUUUCAUAUGACAAGGCUGUCAGCUCAAUACAAGGUUCAAAAGAUACUCCAACAGCAGAUGCCAUUAGAAAUUUGCUAAGAAAGCUUCUUUUCUUUCAUUCUGACUCCAAGGACACACAGAGACUGAUUUGGAUAUGCCAGUUUUUGUUAAAGAAUGGAACCACUGUGCGACAGUUACAAACAAAUGAUCAUCAGAUUUGGCUUCAUCAGAUCAAAUGCCUUCUCUUGAUAUGCAGCAGAUUACUAGAGACAUCAAUGAAAGAUUCUAAACCUGUUGCUAUUCAGCUGCGUAUGUUAGAAGUGUUUACGUCGCAUGAUUCUUACCACAAUCCUACUGAUCCUACCAGAAGUAGAAAAGAUGCUGCAAUGGUGACAGUUUACCUUGUUAGAAAUGGAUAUUUUAGAUAUUUGCGUAUCCUGCUGAAUGCUAGAGUUCCAUCCAGCCUAGAGCCAUCUACCGUCCCCCCUACUCAAAUGGCUGCUGCCAUCAGAGACUUAGUGCUGAGCCCUCUUCACUUCAGCAGCCAAUCCAGUCAUGGAGAAGAAUCAAUGUUUACUGCAAAUGAUAGGCAUGUAGUACUUUCAGCACUCAUUUCUGACAUCUUCUGUCCUGAAAUGACAGAGCAGAUCAUGUGCUUUUUGCUACCUUCAAUGGCUGACCAAUCUGCAAGAUUUCCUUUUAGUCAAUUGUUAGAGACUCUCCUGAAAUUAUUAACAAAGGCUGAUGAAUCAGGGGGGACCAACACCAAGAUCACCCCCACACCCUGGCUGCUGUAUGGAGUCUUAGCAUUUGUUGAUAACCAUUUAGGGUCAUCUUCAGAUCUUUCUGUAGUUAAAUGCUACAUUCAAGUCCUUCAGAUCCUUUUAGUACAGCUCCCUCAUCCAGUUUCUCAAGAGUCAGAUGAUGAAGAUGAGAGUGAUUCAGAAAUGGAGACAGAUUCGUCACAGUCAUCUCUAGAAGGCCUUAAAGAAAAAUGCUUGGAUAUCCUUGAUUCUAAAGAACAUGUUAAGACUUUGGAAUCACUGUUAACAAGACACAAAGAACUGGCUCAUGAGGAAGAAGUUAUCAGAGCUCUUUGUAAUAUUUGUCAUUUCCUGAUGUCUGAGAGCAGACUUCCUAUACACAAGACAAGGAUUCUAUACACUCUGGCCCUGAGUCCAGCAUUCGUGAGAGAACUCUGGAAUAAUGUACAGUCAGUUACAGUUUUUACCAGUACAGGGAAAGAAAUCCCCUUGUUAGAUCUAAUAACUCGCGGAACAGAUCUUUCAACACAAGAAGCCAGUGCUAUAACUCCACUGUUGUCUUUGUUGUCAUCAUUACUGAGCAGUACUUUGUUUUCUGUUCAUGACAAUGAAUUUUAUGGAGUAGAAGGUCAAAGAAGUUCAUUCAUGCCAUUCUCUCUCAAAGAAAUCGAGCACAUGUCUUCAGUCUUGUGUAACGUUGUGAUAGGAAUAAUUGAGAUUAUCUACCCAGAUACAACCCCAGCUUUUACAGGGCAGUACCUUGCUGCUAUGAAGAGUGUUGGAGCCAAGUCGGCCCUGAUGAAAAAGGAUGAAUUUUAUCCCAAAGGAAAGUGGAUCAAGCUUCUAAAGGACGUGACCUGCCUUGUUCGGCAGCUCCAUUCACGAGACUCCAGGAGACAGUUCUGUCCUGAAGGCCAUUGGUUGUCACACAAAGUUAACAUAGAUCCAGCUCAGAUGAAAAUUGACGGUUUUCUCAAUGAAGAAGGUACCGUGGAAGGUGUUUUAGAACCAGGGUUAUCGUCCAGCACAGCGAGGAACAUGGCCAUUCUUCAGCACAUACCAUUUGUUGUUCCUUUUAAAGACCGGGUGAAGCUGCUCCAGCGAAUUGUGGCAAAAAAUCGGCAAGAUUCCCAAGGAGAGCUCCAUAACUUUUUGAUGGGAUCAGCCAUAGAUGUGACAGUGAACAGAAACUACAUUUAUCGAGAUGCUUUUGAUCAACUGACCGAAGACAAAGCUCCAAAUUUAAGACAAAAGCUUCGUGUUCGGAUGAUUAAAGCGCAGGGACUAGAGGAAGCUGGCGUUGAUGGGGGCGGAAUUUUCAGGGAAUUUUUAAAUCAGUUGCUCAAAGCUGGAUUUGAUCCUAACAUCGGUUUCUUCAAGGCAACACAUGAACGGUUGCUCUAUCCAAAUCCAGAGGCUGCUAUUUUAGCAAGAGAUUAACUGAAGCACUAUCAUUUCCUGGGAAGAAUGUUAGGAAAGGCGUUGUAUGAAAAUAUGUUGGUGGAGCUACCGUUUGCGAGCUUCUUUCUGUGUAAACUUCUCAGUAAACACGGCACCGAUGUAGAUAUACAUCACCUGGAGUCGCUUGAUCCAGAAAUGUACAGAAACUUGCUGUUUCUCAAAAAUUACAGUGGAAAUGUCGAAGACCUGUCUCUUAAUUUCACAGUGGUGAAUAACGACCUUGGGGAAAGUCAGGUUGUGGAGCUAAAACCAGGUGGUCGAGAUAUUCCUGUCACAAACAGUAACAGAAUCAGUUAUAUUCACCUUGUAGCUGAUUACAGGCUGAACAAACAGAUUCAUCGUCACUGUGUGGCAUUCAGAGCAGGUCUGUCAGAUGUCAUCAACCUAGACUGGCUAAGGAUGUUUGAUCAUAACGAACUACAGGUUCUUAUAUCCGGUGCCUUAGUUCCAGUAGACCUCGAGGAUCUCAAAAGAAACACAAACUAUUCAGGUGGCUUUACUGAAGACCAUCCUUGUAUGCUUUCAUUUUGGCGAGUUGUCAGUCAGUUCACGGAUACACAGAAGCGUCAGCUGUUGAAAUUUGUAACGAGCUGCUCGCGUCCUCCUCUCCUUGGUUUUAAGGAACUCCACCCUCCAUUCUGUGUGCACAGCGCGGGCCCUGAGGAUAGACUUCCGUCAGCGAGCACAUGUAUGAACUUACUUAAAUUACCAGAGUAUUUGGACGACGAAACCAUGAAAGAAAAACUGUUAUAUGCUGUAGAAUCAGGCGCGGGAUUUGAACUGAGUUAAAGUGUCAAAAUUGUCGUCACUCGGUUAAACGCGAGGACCACCGCGACUUGGCCCUGCAGUACACUGAUCGCGUUCUUGUGGAAUGAGGAGAAAUUCUCAUUUAGUACGUUGUGAUUGGUGGAAAGGAAGAUGUGAAGACAAGCUCGCACGAGAAUCAUGUAUCGACCAAAUGUGAUGUUGAAGCGUCUUCAUGGAAGCUUUGGGAAAGGCCAUGUACGGACUCGAUCAGAUCUACAAUCCGAGUAUCUAGUCACUAAAGAUUUAAAUGUGACCCAGCCGAAAAAGUAUUACAUGUCUUCUACUUCAAGCACAGCCGGGUAACCUUAGGGGUUUAAAGGGUCUCACGCUAGGCGCAAGGGUUUUAUCCGAAAAGUCGGAUCCGUACGGCAUCAAUGCCUGAGUAGUACGAUUCUGAAGUAAUGUGAGUUUUCGUAUUUUAUAAAGUUCUUUCUCGGCAGUUGUUGAAGUACUAUUCAGAAAAAUAGAAAAGUUUGUAUUUAUAGUGAAUAACGUGCUGUAGGAUUGACUGAUUUUUAUUUCCUGUUCAGUUAGGGAAGACUAACAUUUGGAAAUAAGGGAAGGGGAACAAUGUGUUGAAACUCUUUUUUUCUU